AUGGAGUGGACAGGACCCGACAUCGCACGGCUGCGGCUGUAUCGGGAGAAGCCGCGUAUUGGUGGUACGCAUGCUGCACGGGCGCGGAAUGGGGCCGGCUGCGGCGUCGACGCAGGCAUCCACGGAGCCGGUGACUCACACUGUGUGCCUGCUGCAACAGGACUCCCCAUUCUACAUCUGCCGUUCGUGGCGCUGUAUGCUGGCGUGCUGUACUACAUGUACACAACCAUCGGCGCGCCGUAUGAGGACGCGCUGGCGGCCGGGGCAGUGUUCAACCCAGCCCGGCCGCGGCCGUGCCGUGAGCUGCCGUGGGAGUACAUGCCGUCGUUUGUGUCGCGGCUUGCGCUCGGCUUUGCGUGCUUCCUGCACGCGCUGACGCUCUUUGCUACGCGGUGGAACAUGGGUGUGCGGUGCGCGCUUUUCUACAGCUCCCUAGCUAACUCGGCCGAUGCGCUCGAGGACGCCACGGCGGUUCGCGUCGAUCCGCACAAGCACAAGGGCAAGCCCGAGCUUGUCCAGUUGGAGUGGAUGGAGCUGAGCUCGCCCAGCGAGCUCAGCUUUCUCAUGCCUGACAGAAGCACGAGCAGAGUGGCCGGUAAGCUCCCCGCAUACGACGACGAGGUCGAUGGCGAGCCGGUCACGCUCCCGUUCUUUGUCUUCCAGGAGAUCAAGUACGUGUACCAUCCCGACGCCGAGCUCUGGCUCCGCGUCGAGUGUCCGGUCGACGCGCCACUGGAGAGCUACAUCUCUGCCGAAGGCCUGCAUCUGGCUGAUGCCGGCGACGCGCGGUCGAUGUUUGGCCCGAACCUGUACGAGAUUCCCAUGCCGACCUUUGGCGAACUGUACAAGGAUCAGCUCCUUUCGCCGUUUACCGUCUUCCAGUUCUUCUGUGUCCUCCUCUGGUGCCUCGACGACUACUGGAAGUACUCGCUCUUCACGCUCGCCAUGCUUCUUGUCUUUGAGGCCACGGUCUCGUUCUCACGGCUUAAGUCGCUCUCGACGCUUCGGGCCAUGAACAACGCGCCGCGCGCCAUCCUCGCCUUCCACUCGGGCAAGUGGGUUCCGGUCGACUCGACCGAGCUUCUUCCCGGCGACAUCAUCUCUAUCCGCCGAAACGCGGUGGCAGCGACUACCAUGUCUACGCUAGAGGAUCGCGCCAGCUCGUCCGCCACCAGUGCCGGCGCGAGCGACCAGCCGCAGUCGUCUGACAACACCAUUCCGUGCGACUGCCUCCUGCUCUCAGGCUCGGUCGUGGUUAACGAGGCCAACUUGACCGGCGAGUCGGUUCCGCAGCUUAAGGAGGGCGUGGCCGCCACCGAGGUCGCUCCGCAUGUCGCGCUCGACAUCAACGGCGAGCACAAGGUUCACAUGGUGUUUGGCGGGACGACGCUGCUGCAGCACACAGGGACUGGCGCGAGCAGCAGUGGUGACACCGACAAGCUCUCACCGCCAGACGGCGGCGCCGCCGCUUACGUCCUCCGAACCGGCUUUUCGUCGUCACAGGGCAAGCUUGUGCGCAUGAUUCAGUUCGGCGCCGAGAAGGUGACCGCUGGUGCCGGCGAGGUCCUCCUUCUCAUGGGCUUCCUCCUCGUCUUUGCCAUCAUCUCCUCGGGCUACGUCCUGUACAAGGGCAUGUACGAUGAUGACCGCGACCAGUUUGACCUUCUCCUCCACUGCAUUCUUAUCGUGACGUCGGUUAUUCCGCCAGACCUCAACAUGCAGCUGGCGAUGGCGGUCAACUCGUCGCUGAUGACGCUGAUGAAGGCUGCCAUCUUUUGCACCGAGCCAUUCCGCAUUCCGCUCGCUGGUAAGGUCAACGUUGCGCUCUUUGAUAAGACUGGGACCAUCACGACCGACAAGCUUGUUGCCGACGCUGUUGUUGCUCGCAACGGACCGCCGGUCAAGCCCAGCGAUGCCCCUCGCUCUGCGCGGGUCGUCCUUGCCGGCUGCCACUCGCUCGUCCAGGUCAACGGCAUUGUGCUAGGCGAUCCGCUCGAGGAGGAGGCACUCAAAGCUGUCAGCGCGUCGUACGAUGCCCAGACCAACAUUGCUGCCCUGAACUCGUCGUCGUCGUCGCCCACCGUUCGCAUUCUCCAUCGCCACCAUUUUGCCUCCAAGUUGCAGCGCAUGUCGGUCCUGGCCGCAGUCAAGCAAUCGCCGACGGCCUCGGCCGAGCUGUGGGCCCUGGUGAAGGGCUCGCCUGAGGCUGUGGCCAAGCUCCUGGCGCCGACGAGCGGGCUCUCGAGCUGGUACAACGCCACGUACCAGCGGCUGGCCAAGGACGGCAAGCGAGUCCUUGCGCUGGCGCACAAGGUGGUUUCCGGUCCACGCGGUGACGCCGCGGUUGCCACGGCCGCCGAGCAGCUGUUUGAAGGCUCUCGCAGCUCCAUCGAGUCGGACCUUGUCUUUGAUGGCUUUAUCGUCUUUUCGUGCGCCGUCCGCGCCGACUCGCGUGAUGUGGUCGCCGAGCUUCGCGAGGCCGCCCACGACGUGGUCAUGAUCACCGGUGACGCUCUCUUCACCGCUGUCCACGUGGCGCGGACCGUCAACAUCCUCGACAGCGACCGCCCGGCACUCGUCUGCCAGCCAGCAAGCGAUGGGAGCGGCGGGCUGGUGUGGGCCAACCCCAUCGAGGCUGCCGACGGCGUCGGCGAGAUCGAGCCGGUGGCACUGGCCUCGGCUGAUGCCCUGGCUGCCCAGUUCUCAAAGCUCGCUGUCGGCGCUGACCUUGCCAUCACCGGCGCCUCGUUGGCGGAGCUCGUCGAAGCCGUGCCCGACGGCGCUGCCUGGCCGGCCAUGGUUUACUUUAAGGUCUUUGCCCGGAUGACGCCCGAGCUGAAGGAAAAGGUCCUGGCGGCGCUCAAGGACUCUGGCCACUUUACGCUCAUGUGCGGCGACGGCGCCAACGACGUCGGUGCGCUCAAGCAGGCGCACGUCGGCCUUGCGCUGCUCUCGGGCUUUGGCAAUGCCAAUGCGGCGUCGGAGGACGACGUCGAUGCCGACGCGGCCUCUGGCGACAAGCCCACUAGCAGCAAGCCCAAGGGCAAGUCCAAGGGCAAGGGCAAGGGCAAGGGUAAGGCCGUGGCCAAGCCGGAGCUCACACCGGCGGAGAUUGCGGCUAAAAAGGCCGAGGCUGCCAAGGCCAAGCAGGCCGAGUACGCGGCCAAGAUGGCCGAGGUCGAAGCUAACAUCCGCGCGCGGAGCGAGGCCGGCGAGUCGAUGGCGACGGUGAAGGAGUGGUGGGCGUUUAUCCAGCGUGAGACCGCGAGCGCCAAGGCCAAGGCCUCGGCGCGUAAGCCCAAGACGUUUGCCGAGUCGGCUGCGCUUCUCGCGGCGCAGGACGACCUCUCUGAAGGCGGCGGCGGCGAGAUCCCGAUGGUCAAGCUCGGCGACGCGUCGAUCGCCUCGCCGUUCACCUCCAAGAAGCCGUCGAUCCGUGGCGCCGUCGACGUCAUCCGCCAGGGCCGCUGCACGCUCGUCACCACACUGCAGAUGUACCAGAUCCUCGCCCUCUCGUGCCUUAUCUCGUCGUACUCACUUUCUGUCCUCUACCUCGACGGCAUCAAGUACGGCGAUACCCAGAUGACGGCGACCGGCCUGCUGAUGACCAUCUCGUACUUUGCCAUCUCGAUGGCCAAACCGCUGCCGCGCCUCUCGGACGUCCGCCCACUUACUUCGAUCUUCCAUCCGGCGCUCUUCCUCUCGCUCCUCGCCCAGUUUGCGGUCCACCUCGGGACCAUGGUCUACGCCGUGAGCCUGACCAAGGCGCUGCUGCCAGCCGACACCGUGCUCUCCAUCGACGGCGACUUUGAGCCGAACCUCAUCAACACCGUGGUCUUCCUCAUCUCGUCGGUCCAGAACGUCUGCGUCUUUGCAGUCAACUUUAAGGGACGCCCGUUCAUGUACGGCAUCACCGAGAACCGCGCCCUCAUGUGGUCGCUCGGCCUCGUGGUCCUCGGCGCCUUUGUCUGCGCCUUUGAGGUCUCGCCCAUGUUCAACGAGGCCCUCCAGCUUGUUGCCUUUCCUGACGGCGCCUUUCGCUCCACCAUCGUCCUCCUCUUGCUUGUCGAUGUCGCCGGCACCUUUGUUCUCGAUCGCCUCCUCCUCGCCAUCUUUGCCCCCGCCAUCUUCAAGUCGUCGCUCAAGGACAUUGACGGGCCCACCGUUGCCCGCGUCGUCCGCAACCUGCUCGGCCUUGGCGCCUUUCUCUACUUCCUGGUCAUCCCGGCCACCCUUGCCGAUCCCGAGGCACUCGAGAACGGCGAGCUCGAGUGGUGACACUCGUCACAGCACCCACUGGCUGGCGACCUCGCCUCGCUGAACCCCUGUCGUCGUAAAUCGUUGACCUCCA